AUGUUAGCCCUUCUUAAUCGCAUCCUGGACUGGUUCAAAAGUCUCUUCUGGAAGGAGGAAAUGGAGCUAACACUCGUCGGUUUGCAGUAUUCCGGCAAGACAACCUUUGUCAACGUAAUCGCCUCAGGACAGUUCUGUGAGGACAUGAUUCCAACCGUUGGCUUCAACAUGCGGAAAGUAACGAAGGGCAACGUCACGAUUAAGGUGUGGGACAUCGGCGGCCAACCACGUUUCCGGUCAAUGUGGGAACGGUACUGUCGGGGUGUGAAUGCAAUUGUGUAUAUGGUGGAUGCAGCGGAUUUGGAUAAAAUGGAAGCAUCGCGCAAUGAGCUGCACUCUCUGCUGGAUAAACCGCAGCUAGCCGGCAUUCCUGUGUUAGUGCUUGGUAACAAGCGGGACAUUCCCGGCGCACUGGAAGAGACUGGGCUAAUCGAUAGAAUGAAUUUGUCUAGCAUACAAGAUCGGGAGAUCUGUUGUUAUAGUAUUUCUUGCAAAGAAAAGGAUAACAUCGACAUCACCUUGCAGUGGUUAAUCGCCCACUCGAAGAGCCAAAGUCGUUAA